AUGCUGGCAAUAGUCGUGCUGCAGCAAGGGAAAGAGCUGCCCCUUACACUGACACAGAUGCCAGGAGGGCAGCUUUGGUGUACUACGACCAAGGCCAUCUCUGAGGGCGAAGAGCUGAUUGCCUUUGUUGUAGAUUUUGACUCGAGGCUGCAAGCUGCUAGUCAGAUGACUCUCACAGAAGGGAUGUAUCCUGCACGCCUGCUGGACUCCAUACAGUUGCUCCCUCAACAAGCCGCAAUGGCAUCUAUUUUGCCUACGGCUAUUGUGAACAAGGACAUAUUCCCUUGCAAAUCCUGUGGCAUUUGGUAUCGAAGCGAGCGGAAUCUGCAGGCCCACCUCAUGUAUUACUGCAGUGGGAGGCAAAGAGAGGGGCCUCAGCUGUCGGAGGAGAAUGAAGAUAGUGCUCAGCAGAUAUCCAGCAUCUGCCCCUUUCCGCAGUGCACCAAAAGUUUUUCUAAUGCAAGAGCUCUGGAAAUGCACCUAAAUUCUCACAGUGGAGUGAAAAUGGAAGAAUUUCUCCCGCCCGGUGCUAGUCUGAAAUGCACAGUUUGUACUUACACUGCAGACUCAGUGAUUAACUUUCAUCAGCACCUGUUCUCGCAUCUUACUCAAGCUGCCUUUAGAUGCAAUCACUGCCAUUUUGGCUUCCAAACUCAGAGGGAGCUACUGCAGCACCAAGAGUUACAUGUUUCUGGCAACAAAAUUCAGAGAGAAAGUGACAUUGAACACUCUCCAAGUGGAAAUGAAGAAGGUUUACAGCCAGCGUCAGACCUAUUGAGCAGAAAUGAUGUUCCCCAGAGCCAAAAGACCAUGCAGACUAAAGAUGCAAGUUCUGAUACAGAGCUUGAUAAAUGUGAAAAAAAGGCUCCACUUUUCCUUCCAAACCAGAGACCAGAAACCCAGCCUGCCACAAAUAAGCAGAGUUUUUCGUACACUAAAAUAAAAUCUGAACCAUCCAGUCCAAGACUUGCUUCAUCGCCAGUUCAGCCUAAUAUUGGUCCUUCUUUCCCAAUGGGACCUUUUCUUUCCCAGUUUGCUUUUCCCCAAGACAUCACUGUGGUUCCUCAGGCUUCAGAGAUACUAGCCAAAAUGUCUGAACUGGUCCAUCGAAGACUGAGGCAUGGAAGUAGCAAUUAUCCUCCUGUAAUUUACAGUCCUUUGAUGCCCAAAGGGGCUACAUGUUUUGAGUGUAACAUAACAUUCAAUAAUUUGGACAACUACUUGGUACACAAAAAGCAUUACUGCAGCAGCCGAUGGCAGCAGAUGGCAAAGUCACCAGAUUUUUCCAGUGUUCCAGAAAAAAUGCCAGAAGCUGUAAGUCCCAGUAAUGGUCAAAGCUCUAUAAACAUCCUGAAUGCAGCUUCUCACACAUCAGAUCCAGAGAAUCAGCUUCUGCAGACGUCGUGCAUAAACUCUUCCAAUGUUUUAGAUUUGAUUGGGCCAAACAAUAAAAGUCAUGAAAAAGACUUUACAGCACAAUCUAAGAAGUUGUCAACUGCAAGCAACGGUGAUGAGAAGAUAAAUGGAAAACCUCCUGAUGUGAAGAAUCCCAACGCUCCUUUAGUAGAAGGGGAGAGUGAUCCCAACAAGACCACAUGUGAAGCUUGUAAUAUUACUUUCAGCAGACAUGAAACGUACAUGGUCCACAAGCAGUAUUACUGUGCUACUCGCCACGAUCCCCCACUGAAGAGGUCCGCUUCCAACAAAGUGCCUGCCAUGCAGAGAACAAUGCGUACCCGGAAGCGAAGGAAGAUGUAUGAGAUGUGCCUACCAGAGCAAGAGCAAAGGCCACCACUUGUUCAACAGCGAUUUCUAGAAGUGGCCAAUCUUGGCAAUCCUUGUACAUCUACUCAAGAGUCAACAGAAGGCCUUGGGGAAUGUUACCACCCACGAUGUGAUAUCUUUCCAGGAAUAGUCUCGAAGCAUCUGGAAACAUCACUGUCUAUUAACAAGUGUGUUCCAGUUUCAAAGUGUGAUACUCCCCACUCCACCGUAUCUUGCUUGGAGAUGGAUGUGCCAAUAGAUCUCAGCAAAAAAUGCUUACCUCCGUCAGAGAGGACAUCCACUUCUCCCAAAAGGUUGCUGGACUACCAUGAGUGCACAGUGUGCAAGAUCAGUUUUAACAAGGUAGAGAACUACCUAGCUCACAAGCAAAAUUUUUGCCCUGUCACUGCCCAUCAGCGUAAUGACCUGGGACAGCUUGACAGUAAGGUGUUUCAAAACCCAGAAAGUGAAAGAAACAGCCCAGAUGUCAGUUAUGAAAGAAGCAUAAUCAAAUGUGAGAAAAAUGGAAACUCAAAACAGUCCUCUCCUAAUGGAAACUUAUUUUCCACACACUUAGCAACACUUCAAGGACUAAAAGUCUUUAGUGAAGCGGCCCAGCUUAUUGCUACAAAAGAAGAAAACAAACAUUUGUUUCUUCCACAAUGCCUUUACCCUGGAGCAAUAAAGAAAGCUAAAGGAGCAGAUCAGCUUUCUCCAUAUUAUGGAAUAAAGCCAAGCGAUUACAUUUCUGGUUCUCUCGUCAUUCAUAAUACUGAUUUAGAUCAAAGCACAAAUACACAAAUAGAAAGUGAAUCUCCUAAAGGCCAGGUGCCUUCGAAUGGAUGUGCUGUGCAGAAGAAAGAGUCUCUUCCGCUGUUGCCGAAAAACCGAGGCAUGGUAAUAGUUAAUGGGGGACUGAAACAGGAGGAAAGGCCUGCCGCAAACCCACAACAGGAGAACAUUUCCCAGAACCCUCCACAUGAGGAAGGGCACAAGUCUCCUUCUUGGAUCUCUGAGAAUCCCUUAACUGCAAAUGAAAACGUCUCUCCAGCAAUUCCUACAGCAGAGGAACAGUUGUCUAGUAUAGCUAAAGGCGUGAAUGGUUCUACCCAGGCCCCAAGCAGUGGAAAGUAUUGCCGACUGUGUGACAUCCAGUUCAACAAUCUUUCAAACUUUAUAACUCAUAAGAAGUUUUAUUGCUCGUCACAUGCAGCAGAACAUGUCAAAUGAAACAAUCGGUCGGUCACCUUUGGUACCUGUGUUUAGCAUAUUGUUCCAUACAGUCUAAAGCAAGCUGUUUGAAUUACAUCUGGACAAUCAGGAGGUUUCACUAUUGCUGAGUUGAAGACUUAAAGGUGUAAUUUCAUUACAGUCCAUUAGUAAAGUGUAUUAUUGGUGCCAUUUUCAAAAAUAUUAAUUUAUUUUACCAGCAGUAUUCAUAGCUGUAGUUAUGUUAUUUUUUAUUUAAAAACUUUAUAUUAAAGUCAUUUGUAAUGUUAUUGUAUAGUUAUUGUGUAGCACAUAUGGUUUGCACUGUAUAGUAGAUUUUAAAGAAAAUAGUCACAAACAAUACAGAAAAGCAUUUUAGAAAUAGCUUCAAAAGCACUUGUGUAUCCUGAUUUUUUUUCUUCUAUGCUGUUGCAGAAGUAUGUAUAUGCUAAAAUAUAACUUGCAAAGAAGUUUCAACUAUGCUGUAAAGUUCGCCUUAAAUUUCAAUUUUUUGAACAAUUGGGCUCAGUUUGCACUUUAUAUUUUAGCAGAUACAGUACCUUAGUCAUUAGGCUUUGCAUUUGUAUGUAGCAGUAUGUUUCUGUCCACUUUCUUAAUCUGAAACGUACGUUAAAUGAAGAUGGCAAUUUUUUUCUUGUAUAGUACUUGUAUUUUCUUUUGCUGAUGCAUCUCUGUCUCAAUUUUUAAACCUUUGCUGUUAAAUGCAAUACUUUAUAAAGAAUGAACAAAAUUACUGGAAGCAGUAUUGUAAAUGAUGAGGUCAUAUCAAUCAGUUUUAUCUUUUGAAAGGCACAGUCUAAAACAAAACCCUAAACUCAAUGCUGCAGUUAUGAAUCUAAUUCAUAUAUAAGAUAUAUUUAAAUAUAAGAGUAGCAAUACUGCAACUGGUGAUCACAAAGAUAAUGUUCUACUUCUGAUAGAAAUAAUUUCUCAACAAAUGUUGUUACUAUGCAUGUAUAUGGAUGGAAUAAAAUUCCAGGUCAUUGGA